AUUCAAUUCUUCACACAUGACAACGAAGAAUGUUUGAAAUUUCACUCUCAUAACUGUUUCUCUUGUGGAAAAAUAAUAUAGAGAAUAUUAUAUGAUUUAAAUAGCAAUAUACGCCUCCUUUUUAUCUCUUCAUCAGGCAAAGUUUAUAGGCUAAGCCAUCAGGUUUUCCUUUGAGGACUACUCUCUGUGCGUGUUAGACAAAAACUAUGAGCAUGAAGGGUCAGUUUGCAGACAAGUUCAAUGGAAGUCCAUUGAUGAUCAUUAAAACUUUUGAGACAACCCCAGAAAGAUCAUCUUCUUUAUCUGAGCCUGUCAGCUUGCUGCAAAGUCCAUAUUCCUCUCAGGGUUCUCCAAGCUCCUCCAAAACUAGUAGUAAUAAAUGGGAUUCACAGCCAGGAAAAACAAAAAAACUAGGAAGGAAAAGCAGUACUUUUGCUUACAGGAUUCACGAUCACGUGAAAUUGGGGGCUACCUUCUCUGAAACAGUGAAAGGCAAGCUGAGACUGGGGGCAAAGAUAAUUCAAGAAGGAGGGAGGGAGAAUAUUUUCAAGCAGGUUUUUGGUGUCAGAGAAGGAGAAGAGCUAUUAAAGGCAUCACAGUGCUAUUUAUCAACCACAGCUGGUCCUCUUGCAGGGCUUCUUUUUAUCUCCACUGAAAAGGUUGCCUUCUGCAGUGAGAGAUCAAUUACCUUCCCUUCUCCUAAUGGACAAUUUGUCAGAAAACCCUACAAGGUGGUGAUACCAGUGAGGAAGAUUGAAAGAGCCGACAGGAGUGAGAACAUGAACAAGCCGCAACAGAAGUACAUAGAAAUAGUCACGCAAGACAAUUUUGAGUUCUGGUUCAUGGGAUUCUUGCGUUACGAAAAAGCUUUCAAGAAUCUACACAAAGCUAUUUCUUUGGCGAAUUCUGCCUCUUAAAUUAAGAGGACAUUUUGUAAGAUGGACACAUACGUAAGUAGAUAGAAAAGAAGUUUAUCUUUUAGAUUAGACAAGUGUGCUCAUUGAGGCCUGGAAGGAAAAGCCUGGCUUUAAGUUCCGUUUGGAAACAGGGCUCUGCAGAACUAUGUGUUUUCUAGUAUAAAAUAUUAUUUUGAUGUUUUAUAAUGAAUGAAAAGUAUUAUUUUAAUGUUUUUCAA